AAAAGUUAAUUGAUAUAUUAAUAAUUUAUUGGCUGCAUCCACACACACAUACUUAUGCAUAACUAUGUAUGCAUGUAGCUUUCCUGCACUAUGAUAUUUAACAAAGGCAAACCUAAAAACUUUCACCAACCACGCUGCACCACAUUAAAAUGAAUAUUUACAUUUCCAUGACUUUCAGACUCAACAGAGACAAAGCACGGUGCUGGUAAGAGUCGACAAAUCCACCAUUGAAUACAAGAACUCAAGCGGAGAAACACGAAGUCUGCAGCUGGUUUCUGCUCAAUUUCAACUCAAUGUUUAAAAAUUAAUUUACAUCAACUAAAUUAAUUCGAUCUGACUUAAUUUAAAUUUUUUAAUUGUCUAAACUAAUCAAAGUACAGAUUCAGCUUCACACAAUAAUUAUGGAGGAGGCAAUUUCAAAUAGUUUGCGAAAAGAGGUGUCCAUAAAAUUAACUAAAUCUCCACAAAUUGAGGAGAAAGUGCUAAAUUAUUUGUCAAAGUUGGGAAAAUGUUGGUCUUGUUUGGGUGUUAAUGACAACAUCACUGGCACCAGCAGUGUGAAUGAUAGCGAUAAAAUAGUACAAAUUUUGAAGAAUUCCACCAUUCCUCAGUUGCAAAUUAAUCCAGAUUCAGUCGAUUUUUGCAAGAAUUGUUGUUCCGAGUGUGUCAAGAUCUUAAACAUCUUACUCGAUUUGGAGACUGAAUUGGAUAAUAUUAAGGCGCAAAUUGAUAAGAAUUUAAUCUUGUUGAGUGACAGAAGGAAAAUUCGGAUUCAACCAAACUCCUCCAAUUUAGAAAAUGUACAAAGCGACACCAAGGAUUUUCGGGCUAUAUCAUCAACCCGUGAUGUCUCCAUGGAAACCAUGGACCAGAAAGAUAUUCAGGAUAGCAUGUCAAUGGAUUUUUUGGAAACUGAGAUUUACACCAACAUCAUAAAAACUGAGCCAGAAUCAGAUCACGAUGACGGAUUCGGACCAGAAAUUCAACCCGAAGUCGGAUAUAGCCCAGAAACAAACCAAGACGACGACAAUAAAUCCGACGUAUCUUUCCAACCCCGUUCCGUUCGCAGGAAAAGAACCACACCCACCUCCACCACUAGAAAAUCUGGACGGAAAAGGUACCGGAGAAAAAACUCGUCUUCCCCAAAGAAGAAAUUGACAUUCCCCGAAAUCCCCGACCUCAACAACAUCAUAUGCCCUGCCUGCCCUGCCCCCUCCAUAAAAUACGCCCGCAUCGACUACUGGCGCUCCCAUUAUGAGAGACAUCACCUCGGCCUCGCAAAAUCCUUCAAGUGUACCCACUGCCCAAAAUCCUUCUCCACUGGGCACAUCCUCCGCACCCAUACAGCUUCCAAACACCCCUCAAGCGACCCCUCACUCCCAUCCAGAAAAACGUAUCCAUGUCCCAAAUGCGGGAAACGGCUCGGGUCAAAGUUCGCUUGGGCGGGACAUCAAUUAACUGUAUGCAACAUACCCUUAGACUUAUCUUAUUAUUCAAAAUAACCAUCACCCAAUGUCCCGUUGAAGGCUGCGGGGCCAAGUUUUAUGGAGCUAAGACCUUAAAAAACCAUGCACUCACACACACUGGGGAUAAACCGUAUGAGUGUGACCUGUGUGGGGAUCGAUUUACGAGGAUUGAUUCUCUUAGAAUUCAUCAGGAUCAUGCCUGCCUGGCUGGGAAACGGUUGGAGAGAGUUAAAAAGAACAAAAAACCCACAGUAGAUGAACAAAUCGCCCUCCACCCGUGCAAACAUUGUGACCGGAAGUUCAGGACGGAACUUGCAUUAUCUAAGCAUGUAAAGAUUUGCAGGAAUGCGAUAAAUAAGAAGCACAUCAAAGCUAGGCCAGUAAUAAAGACGAGAGAAAACGUUAAAAGUGAGCCACCGUUCGACCAGGGGGAUGCGGAAGUUGCAGUUGACGAAUUAAACGGAAUGACUUCCGAUAACGAUGACCAUGAUGUCAAAGAUAAUAACAACAAAAACGAUGAUGAUUGGUUACCCACCUCCCCCACAGCUGCAUCAAAUGGAGAGGAUUCCGAUGCCGAAACCGAUCCGGAGUUCACACCAGAGAAACGCACAAAAAUUAGGAAACGUUGCACAGAAAUUCAGAGGAGAAACCAGAGGAAGCGAAAAGUUUUAGCCACGUCUAGAAAAUAUAGAAAGGACACAACAAUCUACCCAAGUGUCGACCCCACCAACCUCAAAUGCACCUUGUGCCCCACCCCCAUCCCUUUCACGCGCCUCGACAGCUGGAAAGCUCACUAUAAGGUGCGUCACCUUAACAUAAAAUCCCACAUAUGCCCCCACUGCCCAAAAUCUUUCUCCUCCGCGCACACCCUGCGGAAUCAUGUGUCUGCCAAACACCGCACCGGGGACCCAUCUCUACCCCCCAGGAAAACGUAUGCAUGCCUCAAAUGUGGGAAACUGCUUGCUUCCAAGAUAGCCUGGGUUGGACAUCAAAUAACAAUUUGCGACGUACCCUUCGACCUCAGUACCCUCCCGUUUAAGGUCAAUAUCGUCUCCUGUCCGAUUGAAGGGUGCCCCGCAACUUUCUACACAAAACCGAGCUUAUCAAAACACAUUUUUGCACACACUGGAGAAAAGCCGUACUCUUGUGAAAAAUGUGGGACAAAGUUUACCCGACUCGAAUCUCUAAAGGUGCAUCAAGACCAUGUGUGCAAAAUGGGAAAGAAUUUGAAUUCAGGGAGGGUCCCGCGCAGGAAAAAACUUCGCAAAGAUAAUCCAGACGAAAAUCCUCCCUGUGCUGAAUUUCCGUGCCCAAAUUGUCCCCGAAUAUUCGCAAUGAAACAUGCCCUACGCAAACAUAUAGAAAAAUAUUGCACUAGUUCAAAAUCCUAAGCAAACUCUGCGCCAAAACCGAAAGGGAUGUGCGACAUUUGCGGAAAAUCUAUGCUCCUCGUGGAGCUGAAAAUUCACAAGAAGCGCGUUCACGAGGGUGAGAAGCGGUACGAGUGUAAACAUUGUGGGAAGAAGUUCUUCACUUCGCACGGUUUGAAGUUGCACACCGUGGGGGUACAUGAGAUGGCGGGAGUUCCAAAAGAGAAAACACAUUUGUGUCACUUGUGCGGGAAAAGUUUCGCGCAAAGCGGGAAUUUGUGGGAGCACAAGAACAGGGUGCAUCUUAAAGUGGUGCGGUACACGUGCCAUUUCUGCGGGAUGAACUUUUUCCAUAGGAACGAUGUCCGAAAGCAUUUUAGGAGCCAUGUGAACAAAAAUGAAGUUGAAGGGAUGGAAUGUGACGAAUUUUUGAAAAUUUCAAAGCUUCCUGAAAACGUUGGGGGUGAUGAUAAUGAUGAUAAUAAGGAGUAGUUGUAAUUUUUAAUUUGGAAUUACAUUUAUUUAUUUCAAUAUUGUUAGAGAUAAAGACUUAUUUACUAGUUUACAAAUUUCCCGCACGAAUUUUUAAUUUGUUCUGAAGCAAUUUACUCAAAAUCUAUCCUCCUACCUCGUUAAUGAUAAAUGUGUCUAAUUAAUGUACAUUUUAGUAUUUUGAAUUAUUGCAACCCUCUUCCCAAUUUAUAUUACUGAUUAGCAUGACGAUUGAUAGGUUGAUAAAUAAAUCUAAAAUAAAUAAUAAUUUGGUCAUCAUUUUAAUUAAUUUAGCAGUAAAAAUCGUAUAAAAGGUUAUGCAUCUUUUGUACUGAAAACUCUAUUCAAUCACAGAUUCUGACAUUUAUAUGUACAAUUAUAACGAAUCAUUCUCAAUUUACAGUUAAGUUUGGGACGGCAGAAAUAAUUAUAAAUUUCGACAAUCAUACAUAUAAUAACGGAAGCUUAAGUAAAUACGAGACAAAAUAAAUUAUUUUGCUUGGUAUUAUAUAAUCCUUAUACCUGAAGGUAUACAUAAUCAAAUUUGAAAAGGACUAUAGACCACGGAUGAUUUUUGUUAAAGAAAAAUAACUAUUAACACGAACUAUCUAUAGUUUUAUGCAAUUACAUAAACUCAUUUGUGGAACAUUCAUAAUAUGAAUAUGGAGCUUUGUUUCGUGUAACCAUAUGCAUAACUCUAACUCAUAAUUCAAGAAUUACUGCUUCAAAUAUCUAGAAGCAGUGUAUAACAAUUUAUGUAUUGUACAGAUAAGACCUUAAUUCGUUACAUCAAGGAAACAAUUUUUACUCUAUGUUUCAGUAAAUCGUCAUUAUUAACAUACUUAUUUAUUUAAAAGUAUCGCCACAAUUUCACAAAUAAAUUAGAUAAUUUCAUCCACUCAACCAAAUGAAAGAACAAUCUUCACGACGAACUUUUGACAAUUUAUGGAUUCGUACAAGAAAAUUGUUCAUGCUCUGUAACAACUUAAUAUCUUUGUUAUUGCUCUAAUUCCUUAAUGGAUAACCAUAUCGUGUCAAUACUCCAAACAUGUACAUAAUUCCAAUUUAUCACCUACGCAAAAAUAUGUGAGUAAAAAUGAUUGGUUU